AUGCCACAGAAUCGACCGCUUAUCGAAGCAAACAAACAAAAUCAAUCACUUGACAUGUUCCUUGAACUCCUCGAUCAGUUUGGUUUAAAGCAGAGCGUUGACACCUCUACUCACAAACAUGGCCACACCCUUGAUCUUGUCAUCGCUAGACAAUCUGAUGUUCUUAUCACUUCACCACAGGUUUCAUUUCAACUACCAUCUGAUCAUGCAGUGCUCACUUAUACUAUUGAGAUACCUCGACUUCGUCCAGUUAAGGUUCUUGUUAAUUACCGCAAACUGCGCUCUGUCAAUACUAAGAACCUUGAAAGUGACAUUCAAAACUCAUUGUUGGUUGCUGCUCCUAAAGUGACGUUAGACGAACUAGUCGAACAGUACAACGCAACAUUGAAGUCAAUAGUUGAUGUCCAUGCACCUGUGAAGACCCGCUGGCUCACCAUUCGUCCUCAUGCUCCUUGGUAUAAUGACGAAUUACGCGCUGAAAAACGCGAGAAAAGACGGAAGGAACGACGAUGGAGAUGUACACGACUUGAAGUCGACAAACAGAUCUUUCAAGAUCAUUGUAGUAAAUAUCAAGACUUGGUCAAGAGAUGUAAGACAAAUUAUCACAAAGAUCACAUCUCUAGAUGUGACAACCGCAUGCUGUUUGCUGAAGUUGACAAACUUGCGAAUGGGCUGCUGGAUCAACUCUUCCUGCUUUCUCCUCUGCUCAUGAGUUAGCAACAUCUUUUCGUGAUUUCUUUACUGAAAAAGU